AUGGCAUCGGAGUCGGAUGCGUGGACCAUCAAGGUGGAAAAGUUUCAACGUGCAAUAGACGUAGCGGAGGCAGUUCGUGCGACUUUAGGUGGCAGGCCGAGGGAGAAGGUGGAUGUUGAAAAAUUACUCAAAUCCAAUCCAAAGCUCUCAAAGGAACUUGAUUACAUUAAUGACGGGGUAAGUCGCCGGAGAGAGAUAAUGGAGGAGCCAACAGUGAAGGUGUUGGAUCCCAACAAGAACGAGUCUAAUAAACUUUAA